UGUUGGAGCACAGCGGAGAGCCAACCUACCUACAUGCUUAUUGUGUAAAUCUUUAAAAAGCAAUUAGCCGCAGCAUCAUCCAAACCUUGCCCACCGGCUGGGUGAAAAAGGCUACUUAUUUUUGGAAAGGAGUGUUUUCAGGCGGCUCGAGAAAAGGCAUCCUCAGCCAUGACUGACAGGAAAGCUGUGAUCAAGAACGCAGACAUGUCCGAGGACAUGCAGCAGGACGCGGUGGACUGUGCCACCCAGGCCAUGGAGAAGUACAACAUAGAGAAGGACAUUGCAGCCUACAUCAAGAAGGAGUUUGACAAGAAGUACAACCCCACCUGGCACUGCAUCGUUGGGAGGAACUUCGGCAGCUACGUCACUCACGAGACGAAGCAUUUCAUUUACUUUUAUUUGGGCCAGGUGGCCAUCUUGCUCUUCAAGUCAGGCUGAGAAGUUUCUGAGGGGGGGGGUAGUGAGGAGUUUGUCUCCCUGAACCUAAAUCGGAAAUGCACUGGUGGCUGAUGUCUCCCAUACACUAAUAACGACAUACCAUAACGAUGCAAAACCGGCCGUGCGCAAUUGCAUGGACUAUACACUAUUUAAUAUGUAUGUUACAGUAAGUUUACUUUUUGAUAGUUGCCAUUUGAAUGCAACUGAAGUAGUUUUUGUUUACGCUGUUAAAUUCUAGGUUGUAAAAGAUUUCAAUGUGGCCCUUGAUUGUAUAUUAAAGGAAAGCUGUAGAAUGUAGUGGUGCAUCUGCUUUCCUUCACAGGUGGCGUUGCCAGACCCCGUUACAGACUUUGUUGAUUUCGAUGGUAAAACCAUACCGUGCGCACCAGUUUAACAAAUAAAUCCUCAUCCAGAUUAUAACCUGUGAUCAGAAAAUGAAUAAUGGAGUUUAGUUACCUCUCCUGCCAAUUUCCAAGGAAUCGUGUCGUCCGGAGACGCACGUGAUUCAGUAUGUUCAUCGUUUUCCAUUGGGAUUCAAGACAAACCCGCAGCAGAGGUGAAAUUAUAGCAGCCAUGUUCAGAAAAGAUGUCACAUUUUGGAACCAACACAAGUCAGUGCAAUCAUUUCCAGGGAUGUUUAGUUCGACUGCUCUUAAAUUUUCACUGUGAAGAACGAUGGAGCCAGAAAGGCUCCCAUACACAGACCUUAACCUGUAAUGUAUGACUUACGACUACAGACUGGCUAACAAAAUUUCCCAUCUCAAGUUCUCAGAUUCCAGACUUAUAAUCCUGUGUUCCUGCAUGUUUUACCAUAGAUUAUUUAACUGUUAUAGGACACAAACUAAAGCUCUUCUCUGAAACAUUUGUGUGGUUUUUGUUUUUAAAAAAAAAUAUAUAUAUUUUUCUCUUUUCA